CCCCCCUAACACACUCAUGUCAUCACAUUCAACAUUUCACACACCAAAGAUCAAACCACCAUGGUUUCUGAGAGAAAACAAUGCUCCAAGGAUGUUUGUGUGGUCGGUGCUGGCCCAUCCGGUCUAGUCGCCGCUAGGGAGCUAAGGAAAGAAGGUCACAAUGUGGUGGUUUUUGAACAAAACCAUGAUGUUGGAGGCCAAUGGCUCUAUGAACCUAAUGUUGAGGGUGAAAAUGCCCUAGGGAAGUGCACUACCCUAAAGGUCCAUAGUAGUGUUUAUGCCUCCCUAAGGCUCACGUCGCCGAGGGAGAUCAUGGGUUUCACCGAUUUUCCAUUCGUGGCGAAGAAAGGUAGGGACACGAGGAGGUUUCCCGGUCACAGCGAGCUUCUUUUGUACUUAAAGGACUUUUGUGGACGGUUUGAAUUGAGAGAGAUGAUAAGGUUCAAUACUAGGGUCGAGUACGCGGGCAUGUUGGAUUAUGCCGUGUUUGGCAAUGAUUUGAGAUGGGUCGUUAAGAGUAAAGAGAAAAAAUCUGAGAAGGUGGUGGAAGAGGUUUAUGAUGCUGUGGUUGUUGCCAUAGGUCAUUAUUCUCAUCCUAGGUUGCCUCUCAUUAGAGGAAUGGAUACAUGGAGGAGAAAGCAGAUGCAUAGUCACAUUUACAGAGUUCCUGAGCCAUUUCGCAAUGAGGUAGUUGUGGUUGUUGGAAAUUCACUAAGUGGACAAGAUAUUUCAAUGGAGCUUGUGGAUGUGGCAAAGGAGAUUUAUCUUAGUUCCAAAUCUCUUGAUGUUUCUGAAGGCUUAUCUAAAGUCAUUUCCAAGCAUGACAACUUGCACCUUUGUCCACAGGUAGAGUCACUACAAGAAGAUGGAAGGGUAUUAUUUGUAGAUGGCUCUUGGGUCACUGCAGACACCAUCAUAUACUGUACAGGGUAUUCAUAUUCAUUCCCGUUUCUUGACACCAAAGGAAUAGUGGCUGUGGAUGAUGAUAGAGUGGGACCUCUUUAUGAGCACACCUUCCCUCCAUUACUUGCUCCCUCUCUCUCCUUUGUAGGCAUUCCUAGAAAGCUCAUAGGCUUCCCUUUCUUUGAGUCACAAGCAAAAUGGAUAGCUCAAUUACUAAGUGGGAAAAGAGCGUUGCCAUCAAGGGAUGCGAUGAUGCAAUCCAUCAAGGAGUUCUAUUACUCAAGGGAUGUUGCUGGCAUUCCAAAGCACAAUACCCAUGAUCUUGCUAAUUUUGAGUAUUGUGAUGAGUAUGGAGAUCAUGUUGGGUUCCCUCACUUGGAAGAAUGGAGGAAAGAGCUGUGCCUAUCAGCAUUAAAAAAUGCAGAUGCAAACUUGGAAACAUACCGCGAUUCAUAUGAUGAUCUUGAGGCACUUCAAGUGGCUCACCAAAGCCCUCAUUUCACUCAACUUGGAACUCAAGCUUUCCCUAUGUGAAUCCCAUCAAUUGUUUUGGACUUACUUGAUUUUUACAAAAUAUCAGUUUUUAUUUUUGAAAAGCACUUGGGCGCAAAAAAAAUAAAAUUAUUAUUUAUUUAUUGAUUUUCCAAUUAAUGUUGCAAAGUACACAGAUCUUAAAGGAAAUAUUAGCAUGAGGGAAGUAUUUUCUA